AUGGUUGAGGAAAAGGGCAAAUAUUACGAACGUAUGGUAAGAGAAUUUGAUCAACAAGCUGCCCGUGUUGCAGCAUUUCCCGAACAUUUACCCGCGGAUAAAGAGGAACAUCAGAAGGAAUUAUUUGAUUAUUUUGAAACGCUUGGAAAUUUUCAUCAAAAUGCAAAUUUAUUGCUUGAAGAGCAUUUGCCACUAAUGAAAAUACCACCGACUGUGACAAUUACAAAUCCUCGUCAACAAUAA